UUGCGCUUAGUUCUUCACGAACAGUGUGGGAGGUUAGUACGCUACAUGAAUAAUAUGUUCCGUCAAUGUCAUGCGCUGUAACGCCCGCGAAAAGCGUUUUCGCUGACGGCCCGCGAGUGUGUGACGACCACGUGAUUUUGACAGACGAAAAGCCGGUAUUUGUUGUGACGCUGUGAGUGUUUUUUUCUUCAAACAACGAUGUUUCAACCGAUGUUCCUGUAACAUCGAAGCUAUCGAGGGUGUCAAUUAAAUAUUACAAGGGCAUUAUUCGAGAUGGAGUGUUCUCGAUUACAUUCCUUCUCUAUUCGUCGGUUGACUAUUGAGUACAUAUGGCUAACAAUUGUGUUAUGCUUCUCAACGUGUGCUGCCAACGACGGCCUUUUUGGGUCUAAAUAUCCCAACGAUAUCCCGGAAUACGACCUGCUGCACGCGAUCGGGGUACCGUUUAGCAACCCGAAGACUCAGUACUUCGACGAAGGCCUCGACGGAUUCCCGGCCUACGGCUUAAAGCCAGGAUCAGAUAUCAAAUCUCCGUACCGACUUUUUAUGCCUGAGAAACUGUAUGCGGAGUUCUCCAUAACAGCCACUGUACGGCCAGCGAACAAAGAUGGCGGGUUUCUGUUCUCUGUAGUCAAUCCAUUAGAAACAGUCGUCCAAUUGGGCGUCCAACUUAUACCAUCGGGCCCCGGACUCACAAACAUCUCGCUGUUAUACACCGAUGCAAAUGUAUAUGCUCUGAGUCAAACCAUCGCAUCGUUUGUAGUACCAUCGUUCGCUAAAAAAUGGAGUCGAUUCGCGUUGAAAGUCACCACUGAUAAUGUGACUCUGUUUCUUAAUUGCCACGAGUUUGAUACGUUGGUAGUGAAGAGAAACCCGCAGGAAUUGGUAUUCGAUUCGGCAUCGACGUUGUACGUGGGGCAAGCCGGUCCAUUGAUAAGAGGAGCCUUUCAUGGCGCUUUUCAAGAGCUGAAAUUAUACGGGUCCCCUUCUCAAGCGGAGGUGCAAUGUGUGAAUACCUAUGAGGAAGUAAUCCAAGGCGGAGAUAGCGAAGAAAUUGAUAUUGACAAUUUUUUGGUGGACCAAGAGGAAGGAGACGCCGAAGGGUCGGGAAGGUAUGGCACCAUACCGCCCUUUCCACCGCCACCGCCAGGGUUUGACGGAUAUCCGCUGCGGCUUAGAGGGGAAAAGGGAGAAAGAGGACCAAGGGGUAUACCAGGAGAGUCCAUACGGGGUCCGCCAGGUCCACCAGGCCCUCCUGGCGCCCCUGGACCACCAGGCACCUCCGCACUGUCAGAAAUGUCAGGUUCUGGCGAUGAUCAAAUCUUCGGUGAGAACUACUCGUCGGUGGGUCACUGCGGUUGCAACUCCAGCGUCAUCCUAUCUCUUCUGCAAACCAAUCCAGAACUACAAGGUCCACCCGGACCACCUGGCCAAGUCGGAGCUGAUGGAAGAACUGGGGCACCUGGAAUUGCGGGUCAACCAGGAAUGCCAGGGGAACGUGGACCAAUCGGGUUAAGAGGUGAAAAAGGAGACAGAGGUGCCGACGGACCUCGUGGACCGGAAGGUCAACCCGGUCCAAAGGGUGAACCGGGUGUUGACGGGCGACCAGGAAGCACGGGGCCAGCCGGACCACCAGGACCUCCAGGAACAUCAGACUACAGUAACUUUGAAGAAUCAUUAUUGGGAUCCUACGGAGGUGCUAUUGGCAGACCAGGGGCUCCGGGGCCAAAAGGGGACGCUGGCCAGCCAGGCCCUAUUGGAUUGCAAGGAGAACGUGGCUUUCCUGGUCAUAAAGGAGAAAGAGGUUAUCCGGGGCAAACUGGACCAAAAGGGGACCGUGGUCACACAGGGCCUAAAGGUGACCGAGGGGUAAAAGGUGAAUAUGGCACUCCUGGACUUGAUGGUCGACCUGGGCUACCUGGAGCCAACGGGAGAUUGGGAGAAAAGGGAGAAAAAGGUGAACAAGGUCUACCCGGUCCACCAGGCUCUCCAAUAGGAGCGCUCAAUGCAGACGAAUCUGAAUUCCUAACAGCCGCUCGUAUGCAAGCGACUAAAGGCGAAAAGGGUGAAAAAGGAGAAAAAGGAAACCACGGUAACGAUGGCACACCAGGAUUCCCUGGUAAAGAUGGAAAAUCUGGUGAACGAGGUGAUAUUGGCCCAUCUGGAAUGCCUGGUAUCGCGGGGCCAUCUGGGCCACCAGGUUUAAAAGGGGAAAGGGGAGAACGCGGUCCACCUGGCCCUGUCAGCAUCACGUCUGCUGGCACAGACAUCAUGACCAUCAAGGGCGAAAAAGGUGAAACUGGCUUAAGAGGUCGAAGAGGAAGGCCGGGCCCACAAGGGCCUCGCGGACUACAGGGUCUACAAGGAAUACCUGGAACUCCUGGUAAACCUGGAGAAAAAGGUGAUGUUGGUUUACCUGGAUGGGUGGGUCGACCGGGAACAUUAGGGCCACCUGGUGUACCGGGGUUGAAUGGUCCGAAAGGAGAAAAGGGCGACCCAGGAGUAAGCAUGCUAGAUGCUUCUAUGUUACGAGGUGAAAAGGGGGAUAGAGGAUACGAUGGCGUUCCUGGUAUAAAAGGAGAUCAAGGUCCACCUGGUCCUAUGGGCCCACCUGGACCUAAAUCUGAUGCAGUUCAAUACAUACCAGGUCCACCUGGACCACCCGGUCCCCCAGGAGUACCGGGUACCCCUGGAGUGUCAAUCGUCGGACCAAAAGGCGAACCCGGUGUCAGUUUUGUUGAAGAAUAUCCAGUACAUGGCAGUACAAAGUUUUAUGGGAAACCAGUAUCAUCUAACACAGAACCCAAGCCAUACCAAGAUGAGUCUAAUGCUAAUAAAAAUAUGUUGGGAUCAGCAGUAUUUCCAACGACCGCUGAUUUAAUGAAGGUGGCUUCGACAAGUCCUUUAGGUGCACUGGCAUACGUCGUUGAAGAACAGUCUUUAUUUGUCAAAGUCAACUCAGGAUGGCAGUAUGUUCUUUUGGGAUCUCUAGUCACACAAAAUAUCCCGGUCACUGUAGCACCGACACCUGCUACUCCACCCAUGCCUGCAGCCAGUCUGGUGCAUAUGCCACAAUUAUCAAACAUGAUCGAAAAGACCUUACCAUUGGGACCUAGUCUUCGUCUGAUAGCUCUGAACGAGCCGUUAUCGGGUAACAUGCACGGUGUCCGUCGAGCUGAUUAUGCUUGCUACAGACAAGCGCGGCGAGCUGGCUUGAAGGGGACAUUUAGAGCUUUUCUUACUAGCAGGAUUCAAAACCUCGACGCGACCGUCAAAUAUUCUGAUCGACACAUGCCAGUUACAAAUAUACUGGGUGAUGUUCUGUUCAAAUCAUUCUCCGACAUUUUCGAUGGUAACGGCGGCGCCAUGUUGGGUCCUGUGAGAAUUUACAGUUUCAAUGGAAAAAAUAUCAUGAUGGAUUCAAAUUGGCCACAGAAGUUGAUAUGGCACGGUUCACAUGCCAGUGGUGAAAGGGCUCUCGACACUUUCUGCGAGGAGUGGCAGAACGGUGACCCCACCAACAAGGGCAUGGCGGCUUCUCUGUACUCACACAAACUACUUUCACAGGAGAGAUACGCGUGCAACAAUCACUUUGCAGUAUUAUGCAUAGAAGCAACGUCACAUAUGAAUGUACGAAGAAAAAGAAACACGUUAAGGUUUAAUAUAACAUCAGUGUCAGAUGACGAAGAUUACCUUUACAACGCGGACGAGUAUCAACAACUGUUGGACGAUAUAUUUGCUCAACCUUUUAGGGAAAAUUAAUUUUUAAGUUAAAUUUUCCUAUAAUAAAUUAAUUUAUUAUUCA